AUGGAUCCUGAAUAUCAACACCGCCUGCUGCGCCAAAUCAAUCUUCAGAAUGUCAACUUGAGCCCUGUUAAGCUGCCGCAGAGUCUGCACAGUAGGACCCCCACCGGCUCCCCGCUGUCCUCACCCAGUAAGCUUGGAGACAGAUUCAUUCCCACCAGAGCUGGAGCCAGUUGGAACAUCAACUUCCACAGGAUCAAUGAAAAUGAGAAGUCCCCAAGUCAGAACAGAAAAACAAAGGAUGCCUCUUCAGAUAAUACCAAAGACGGGCUGGCCUACUCUGCUCUGCUGAAGAACGAGCUGCUGGGAGCAGGGAUAGAGAAGAUCCAGGACCCCCAGACAGAGGACAGACGGCUACAGCCGACAACACCUGAGAGGAGGAGUGUCUUUACAUAUUCACUCAACAGCAAAAGGCCUUCUCCUGAUGACGGCAGCAACAUCUCUCCCUACUCUCUGUCACCUGUGAGUAACAAAAGUCAGAAAUUGUUGCGUUCACCAAGAAAACCAACUCGCAAGAUCUCCAAAAUCCCUUUCAAGGUGCUGGAUGCUCCGGAGCUGCAGGACGACUUUUACCUCAACCUGGUGGACUGGUCGUCCCUCAACGUGCUGAGCGUGGGGCUGGGCACCUGCGUGUACCUGUGGAGCGCCUGCACCAGCCAGGUGACGAGGCUGUGCGACCUGUCUGUGGAGGGAGACUCGGUGACAUCGGUCGGAUGGUCUGAACGGGGAAAUCUGGUGGCAGUGGGAACUCAUAAAGGCUAUGUGCAGAUCUGGGACGCGGGUGCGGGCAAAAAGCUCUUUGCCCUGGAGGGGCACACGGCCAGAGUUGGAGCGCUGGCGUGGAACGCAGACCAGCUGUCCUCUGGAAGCCGUGACCGCAUGAUUCUUCAGAGAGACAUCCGGACCCCCCCGCUGCAGUCCGAGCGCCGCCUGCAGGGACACAGACAAGAAACGUACACGGAUCACCUGGCUGCAGUAAAGGCCAUUGCCUGGUCCCCUCACCAGCACGGGCUCCUCGCCUCCGGCGGCGGCACCGCGGACCGCUGCAUCCGGUUCUGGAACACCCUGACCUCCCAGCCGCUGCAGUGCAUGGACACCGGCUCCCAGGUAAGCACCCAUGGAUACUCACAGAACCAGAUCUUGGUCUGGAAAUACCCGGCUCUCACUCAGGUGGCCAAGCUCACAGGCCACUCCUACAGAGUGCUCUACCUGGCCAUGUCCCCGGAUGGUGAGGCUAUAGUCACAGGAGCGGGAGACGAGACCCUGCGCUUCUGGAAUGUAUUCAGUAAGACGCGUUCAACAAAGGAAUCCGUGUCUGUUUUAAAUCUCUUUACCAGGAUA